AUGGCGCUGGCCGUGGGGCGCGCGGGCCGCUGGUGCUGCUGCUGCUGGUGGUGGUGCUGCUGCUGGUGGGGCGGGCGUCGCGGGGGGUGGCGGGGGGCGCUGGCGGCGGCGCUGGCUGGCCUGGGGGCGGCGGGGGCGCUGGUGGGCUGCGGGGCGCACGAGGAGCUGCUCUCGCGCGCCCUGGCGCUCUGGGUGGCCGCCCCGGUGGAGGCCUCCCCCGGGCCGCCCGAGCCGUCGGUGUCCCCGUCGUCGUGGUUCGCGCUGGAGCCGGCGGUGCCGGCGGGCUGCGGGGCGGGGGCCGGCGCGGGGGAGGCGCCGCUGCUGCUGGCGCUGGUGGCGAGCGCGGCGGGGCACUGGCGGGCGCGGGCGGCGGUGCGGGGCAGCUGGGGCAGCGGCGGGGCGGUGCGGCCGCUCUUCGUGGUGGGCGAGGCCGAGGGGCUGCAGGCGGCGCUGGAGGGCGAGGCGCGGCGGCACGGGGACCUCCUGCAGGGCCGCUUCGCCGACACCUACGGCAACCUGACGCGCAAGACCCUCUGCCUGCUGCGCUGGGCCGCCCUCCGCUGCCCCGCCGCGCGCUUCGUGCUCAAGGCGGACGACGACGUCUUCGUGAACGUGCCCGCCCUGGCCCGCCACCUGGCCGCCCUCGACGCCGCGCGCCCCCUCUACCUGGGCCGCGUCCACUGGCGCGCCCGCCCCGACCGCCGCCCCGCCAGCCGCCACCACGUGCCCGCCGCGCUCCUCGCCGCCGCCGCCUACCCGCCCUACUGCUCCGGCACCGCCUACGUGCUCUCGGCGCCCGCCGUGGCCGCCCUGCUGCGCGCAGCCCCCCGCCUGCCGCCCGUGCCCGUCGAGGACGCCUUCGUGGGCCUCCUGGCCCGCCGCGCCGGCCUCGCCCCCCGCCACCUGCCCCGCAUGGCCGGCGCCGCCCGCCUCCUGCCGCCCGACCCCUGCUGCUACCGCCACGUCCUCUUCAGCGUGCACGGCCUCGACCCCCGCGCCAUGCAGCGCGCCUGGCAGCAGAGCCCCCGCGACGGCCCCGCCGCCUGCAGCCCCCUCCAGCGCGCCCUCGGCCUCCUCCGCUGCCGCUUCCUCGCCUGGCGCACCAGCAGCCCCUCGCCCGCGCCCCCCUGA